AUGGCAAACCAAUACAGCUAUAGCAGUAACUACUUGCAGUACUCACCAAGCAUGGGGUCUAUCAACCUCAACAACAACCUUAACAGCAAUAACACAGCAUCUAAUAACAACUCAGUCAACAAUACAUCUCCAUUAAACAAUGUUUCAUACAUUUCUCCACCAAACUCAUCUUUGCACAAUGUUGGCAGCUUGUCCAGCUCUUUAUCCAGCACAUCUUCAUCAUCUGCAUCCUCCAACUUUGGACCCUCAUUGUCCCACAUGUCAAAUGCAUCAAGCACCACAUCAAACUACUCAUUCCACACACCCAGAUUGAGAUAUUAUCUUUCCAAAUCAUUUGAUAUCGAAGACGACUUGGAAUUUUGCCCAGAGAUUAAUGAACACCACCAACACCACCAGCACCAGCACCAUAAUCAUAACCAUAGUCCAGGUAUGAAGAAAUUUAACCCAUACACAGCAACAGUUUUUUCACCAAGUGGCGAAGUGCCAACAAUAAGCAGUAGUGGUACCAACAGUAACAACAACAACAACAACAACAAUAACAAUACCUCACCAAGGGUUAUUACACCAAGAAUCAAGAAACCUUUGGACAUUGUUAAUCCUCAAACAAAGACAAAGAUGAGAAUUGGUUCUCCUGCAACCAAAGCAGAAAGUUAG